AGGCUUGGGUGGAGGCCGAGGGAUGGCGAACGUGCUGGUGGCCGUGAGGGUGCGGCCCCUCAGCAAGAGGGAGACCAAAGAAGGAGGAAGAAUUAUUUUGGAGGUUGAUGGCAAAGUGGCAAAAAUCAGGAAUUUAAAGGUGGACAGUCGAUCAGAUGGCUUUGGCGACUCCCGGGAGAAGGUUGUGGCAUUUGGCUUUGAUUACUGCUACUGGUCAGUCAACCCAGAGGACCCCCAGUAUGCAUCUCAGGAUAUGGUGUUCCAGGAUUUGGGGACUGAAGUACUGUCUGGAGCUUCUAAAGGCUAUAACAUAUGCCUUUUUGCCUAUGGACAGACAGGGUCUGGGAAGACAUAUACCAUGCUAGGGACCCCCGCCUCUGUUGGGCUGACACCGCGGAUAUGUGAGGGUCUUUUCAUCAGGAAGGAAGACUAUGCCCCACUACCUUCCUCCUGUAGGAUAAAAGUAAGUUUUCUGGAAAUCUAUAAUGAACGAGUAAGGGAUCUGUUGAAGCCAUCUGGUCAAAAAAAGUCUUAUACCCUGCGGGUCAGGGAGCACCCAGAGACGGGGCCCUAUGUACAAGGUUUAUCUCAACAUGUAGUUACCAACUAUAAGCAAGUAAUUCAACUCUUGGAGGAGGGAAUAACAAACAGAAUCACAGCAGCUACCCAUGUCCAUGAGGCCAGCAGCAGAUCCCACGCCAUCUUCACUAUCCACUAUACACAGGCAGUUCUGGAGAACAACUUCCCCUCUGAAAUCUCCAGCAAGAUCAACCUUGUGGACCUAGCAGGCAGUGAAAGAGCAGACCCCAGUUACUGUAAGGACCGGAUUACUGAAGGAGCCAAUAUCAACAAGUCUCUUGUGACUCUGGGAAUUGUCAUCUCCACCUUAGCCCAGAACUCUCAAGUAUUCAGCAGCUGCCAGAGCCUCAACAGUGUAACCAGCAAUGAUGGCGACAGUGGGGUUCCUAGCUUUCCUUCUGGGACCAGUAGUGGAGGGGGACCCUCCCGGAGGCAGUCUUACAUCCCAUACCGGGACUCCGUGUUGACCUGGCUGCUGAAGGACAGCCUUGGAGGCAACUCCAAAACCAUCAUGGUUGCCACUGUGUCUCCUGCACACACUAGCUACAGUGAGACCAUGAGCACACUGAGAUAUGCAUCCAAUGCCAAGAACAUCAUCAACAAGCCACGGGUAAAUGAGGAUGCAAAUGUAAAGUUGAUCAGAGAACUCAGGGAAGAGAUUAGAAGAUUGAAAGCCAUGCUGCUGAGCUUCGAACUGAGAAACUUCAGUUCAUUGAAUGAGGAGAAGGAUGGAAAUCUGAAGGAGCUGGUUCUCCAGAAUGAAUCAAAGAUAGACCAGCUGACUAAAGACUGGACCCAGAAGUGGAAUGAGUGGAAGGCCCUCAUGGAGUAUUACAGAGUGGACAUCAACAGGAGGAGGGCUGGGGUUGUCAUCAACUCCAGCCUGCCACACCUGAUGGCCUUGGAGGAUGAUGUGCUUAGCACAGGUGUCGCACUCUAUCACCUCAAGGAGGGGACAACAAAAAUAGGAAGAAUUGACUCAGAACAGGAACAGGAUAUCGUCCUGCAGGGUCAGUGGAUUGAGAGAGACCACUGUACUAUCACCAGCGCCUGUGGGGUCGUCGUUCUGAGGCCUGCCCAGGGGGCCCGCUGCAUAGUCAAUGGCCGGGAGGUCACUGCCUCCUGCCGUCUGACCCAAGGAGCAGUCAUAACCCUGGGGAAAGCACAGACAUUCCGAUUCAGCCACCCAGCAGAGGCUGCUGUCCUUCGGCAGAGAAGGCAGGUUGGAGAGGCUGUUGGUGGCAGUGGCUCUUUGGAGUGGCUGAACUUGGAUGGAGAUGUCACUACCCCUAGGUUGGGUCUCUGCCCUUUGCUUUGGAAGAAAAGGAAAGUGCUGGGAGAGCAGAGUGCCGUGGACCACCAGCCACUGAGGGCUGGGGAGACGCCCCACAGGGUCAAGACUCAGCAGAAGCAGUGCUACGUGGAGGAGUUGAGGCAGCGAAUCCCUGCACGACAGAUUAGAGCCAAACAGGACCUGGAAUUCGACCAGGCACAUAUCAGCUGGCAGAAUAAAGACAACCAGCAGCGGCUGCUCAGAGAAGAGAACUGGCUGGCCAGCUUGCAGCAGCAACAGCAAGACUGUGCGGCAGAGAAAGAACUUGAAGCCUCUGUGCCAACUGAUUCUUGGCCUCAACUGUCCCCAUUGGUCCGAAGCCAGAAAAGGGCGGUGCCACUUCAUCUCCUGCGGAGACGAGCUCUUAGGGCAGCAGCACGGAUCAUCUGGCGAAAAAAGGUCUCAUUCCAGCUAGAGAGAAUCUUCAAGAAGCAGAGGCUGCUGGAGGCCCAGAAGAGACUGGAGCAGCUGAAGGCAUUGUGCUGGCUCCAGGAUGAUAAUCCCCAGGAGCCUCCACACCAGGUCCCCAGCCCCGAUGCCAUGGUCCCAGGGCAUCAAUGUGGAAGCACAUCGACAGGUUGCAGCUCUUUGAGCCUCCGAAGGCUCUGCCUGCAGCACUUGCCCCAGCUACGCAGUGUUGUCCUGAAUCGAGACCCCUCCACCCUGUUACCUCCUACACCCGACUCUACUGAUCAGACAUCAGAGAAAACCCAAUCAGAAGAAUCCCAGGCUGCUUCUCACUCUCCAAAGACAGGUUGUUUCAGCAAGAAUGUCCUCCAUUUCUCAGGUGAGGGGCAGCUCUGCACAGCCAGGGUAGCCUUGGCCAGGAGGAGAGCCUCGGCCCCAGGCACCUGCUUCACCAUGAGCUCUGAGUCUUCCAGCAUCCAGGAAAUGGAGAGAGUAGGUAAGCAGCCCCGCCGAAUGGUGUCCCGGAGCUUAGCAUCUCUGGGCCAACCAGCUAACAAGUUGAAGCCAAGGGAUGAGCCAGAGGCCCUCACACCUUCCACACAGACCAGGAGGGCUAAGGGACUAUCAGACUCUGGCCACAGACUAGCAUGGUGGCUGAAAGAGGGGGAUUUUGGGACCCACAAGGCUGCUAAAGGAGCCAGUUACAGUUCCUCACAUCCCCGUGGAUCCAAAGAGGCAGCUGGAAGUGGAAAGGCAGUCAAGACUUUUGGGGCAGAAUCCAAAUCACCUUCUCCAAGAAGGGCAUCAGAAGGGCAGCAGAAGGUGCUGGCAACUAGGGUCAGAAACAUUACCAAAAAGUCAUCUCGUUUGCCUCAUGGCAGCCCUUUGAAGAGGCAACACAGUGCAGGGAACCCAGACACCAUGGCCUCUCUCAUAGAUGCUGGCCCAGUAGUAGAUCACACAAGAGAAAAAGAUGGUGAUUUGUCAGAUGCAGAUAGCAGUUACUCGGUGGAUUCUCUCUCCUGUGUCUGUGCCAAUGCCCCGAUGAAGCCGCCGAAGCCAGGGAACCCCCAAAGGAAGGAAUGGCAUCUCCCAGAGCCAGAGAACACAGAAAGUGACAACAGCCAAAUAUCUGAGGACUCGCUGACUGAGAAUGGAAACCAAGGUCCACAGGACAGCCCAGGGGGCAAUUAUCCCAUCAAUGACCAUGGCCACCCCAGGGCCAGAGCUAGAGCCUCUGUGAGGGGCUUUACCACAUCCUCAGACAGUGGACUAUUUGCCCAGGCUCACAGGAGCUUUUCACUGGAUAGCCUGAUUGAUGCUGAGGAAGAACUGGAGGGAGAUCAUCAAGAAGACCCUUUCUUCAGUUCAGCUGAUGAGAUGCCAACAGAGACAUUUUGGCACCCUCAGACCCCCAGUCUACCCAUAGUGGGCCAGGAGGCAAUGUACAGGCUUGAUCCCAUCACCAAAAGAACAGGAGCCAGGCUGGAUGCCAUCCUGCCAAUGAGCAGUUCAUUUUACCUUGAUUCCAAGCCUCAGCCCCACUGUGAGCAGCCUGAGUUGAAGGUGGAGGCAAGCUCCUCUGAGCAAGCCAACACUCUCCAAGGCAUGCAGGUUUCAAGAGGGAGCCCUCUGUUGUCUAUGGAUUCCUGGUUUUCCUGUGAUUCCAAGAUCAAUCUCAGUAGCCCCCUAGGAAUAGUGGGUUCUUUAUGUCCAAGCCCUGAUGUCCAGGAAUUUCAGCUCUGUGGUUGGGAGAGGCCUGGAUACUGGCCAAAUAUGGAAGGACUAACGCCAUCAGGUUCAGAAGCAGUUCUGCCCUACACCUCCAAACUGCCCCCAGGCGGUGCUGAGCUGCCCUGCAGUGUAAGAGCUGUGUACACAAUUCCUGCUUCUGAUACAUCCAGGCUGUCACUCUGGGGGUCUUACAGGCUUCUUCAGCCAGGAGCUGAUGGCACCUUUCAGGCCAGAGUCCCUGACACAGCCCAGCAGGGCAACUCUGAAACAUCAGACAACUCUAAUGUGUCGAGCGUGCUGCCUGCCUCUGCCACCUCAUUUACUCAUGUUAGCAGUGCCCGUGAGAGGGACUGGGCUGCCCUUCAACAGGAGUACCUCCUUGAGCUAUCUCAUCCUGUUUUGGAGGCCACAGGAGAGCCCAGGCCAGCUUUCACCUCCCUCGAGGAAGAUGCUGAUUCCCUGACCCAAGCUUCUGGCAAAGGAGGAGAUACUCUAUUGGCAGUUGGUUCUGGGGUAUCUAGCAGUUUGAAUUUCAACAACUUUCCUAUUCAGACAUCCAAAAUUAGGCAUUUGAGGGCAGAGAAAGAACAGGACAGUUCGAGUGUUGAGUUAGAAGGUACUUCAGAUUUCUUUACAACUAGUGAGAAAGAAAUGAGUUACAGUGGAAAUUACUCAGCAGAUGUAGAAUCAUUAACUUCUGGAACUAUAAAUGCACAGGUCUUUGCAGCAGAGAACAAGGUAGCAAAGUCCGUGAUAGAAGCAUGUGAAGUCAAACAGAACAGCUUGGAAGAGCCCUCUCAGAGUAGCGGGAGGAAGCCUGGAUUGAUGACUUCCUUUGAUGAAUGUUUCUUUCUGAAGAACCCUAGUCACAGUAAUGUCACCAUAGCCACCAUAGAAGACCAUUGGCCCCAAGGCUGUACACCUCUCAGGAAGAACAGUAUAGGCCAGGCAGGGCAAUUAAAUCACAACAGCCACCACCCCCAACAGGAAGAGAAGGCAGACUACCAGGAGAGCUCCAAGGAAGUGGUUGGAAGACACACCAGUCUUUCCUUUGCCUUUCCGUCGGGUCCAGAGCUGUACCUGCACUCUGCUCCUUGGAAUUCAUUCCCAUCUUCCCUGCAGCCACCUCCCUUAGAAACGUUCUAUGUGACCAAAAGCCGGGAUGCCCUGACAGAAACCGCCUUAGAGAUCCCAGCUUGCAGAGAAGCGAGAGUGCCUUCCCCACCACCCAGGGAAGCCUGGGGCUUUGGUCAUGACUACCAAGUCCUCCAGAAUGUUUAUUUAAAGAAUAAUUUGUCAGUGCUGUUACAGAAACAGAAUUCCAAGAUUGCCUCAUGUAAGCCUGUCUCAGCAGAGAUGCCAGUUGAUCUGACCACCAAUGAAGUUGGUGGAGAAAUAGGGAGAUACCCUGGAAAUAUUAAAGAAGAAAGCCAUAAUUCAUUGUAUUUUUUCGUUGCUCAGAAUGGACAUUUUCUUACUUCUACCAGCACAAAAGUAUGUGAAUAUGAAAAUCAAGUUGGAAAUUUAAAUAAACACAAUCUUCCAGAACUCCAGGAGAGAGAAAAGACUACUAUACAGUCCUUUAACGCUUCUUCUGACAGUUGUGGGUCUGGGAAGCCUCUUCUUGUUUGUGAAUCACGGGCUGGCAGGGAAGAAGAGCAGGAUCAGAAUGCAGUCCUAAGACAGCCCCAGGCCUCUGAUAUGAACAGACCGUUCCCUUCUGGGGCCAGGUCUGAUUUCAUCUAUAAGACCAUCCGUUUAGGCCUUGACAAGGACAAGCUAGGGGAAACUGCUCUUUCUUUGAAGUCUAGAUCAUCACAUCUUAGAGUAAGCAGCCCAGAGAUAAUGGCUCAGGAUGGGAGUCCAGCCUACAAGGAGGAUGGGAAGAAUGAAACUGAGUGUCCUGGAAAAUCUCUCCAUCCCAAAGACAGCUCAGAAGAGUUUAAGCUUCCAUGCAUAGAGUCUACACAUGAAAGAUUCCAGUCAGUUAUAUACCCUCAGGGAAGAAACCUCACUGAAUGCAAGGGCCCUAGAAAGUUGCAAGAAACGCUAAAUCCCAAAGAACCACCUUCUGGAAAGAAACAGAAUAAAAUAGUUAAUAAUGCUGAUGAACUGGCUAGGCUAAUUAAGAGUGUAAUGCAGUUAGAAAAUGGUAUCUUGGAAAUUGAAUCCAAGCAGAAUAAGCAGCUGUAUGCUUCCCAAACACUGGGAUUCAGUGGUGAAUUUGUGCUCCAGCACCAGGAGAGGGCUGACCAUGUCCUGAGGCCAGGCAGCUCUGGAAACCACUUGUUUUUCAAGAAUCAGCCAUCUUCUCCAAAACAGACAGAUGAUGCUAUCUUUAGGGAUGGUGAAGCUGGAGAAAUAGAGGCUGACAGUAGCACUGGGGAAGAUCUCCAGGUCCACAAAAUCACCCUGAGUCCCUUCAAGUCAAGAGAAUGGGUACAAGACAUUAAAUUUGUGGGAGAGCACAGCCCCCCAUCUGUAUUAGACAAACCUGCCUGGGACACUUGUGAUUAUUUAGGGACAUGUACAACUCACAGUGAGUGCAUCAGAACUUCUGUUAAUCCAAGGAGAACAAAAGCACUGGCUGGAGCUGUACCAUUGCAGCCCGGGCUCGAGUGGCCCUCUGAGAAGGAAAGCGAGUUGGUGCUUGCACUGGCGAGCCACAGAGGGCAUCCCUGUGGCUUAGGGAGUCUUGAGGAAUCAGAGACUGUGAAAGGUUUUCAGGAAAGCCAAGUUGCCAAACAUAUAUGUAGUUUUAACCCAGAGGAGCCAAAAGUUCAAGGCAGAGUUAAAGAAAUGACUGUGCAAAGAAGAGAGAGCCUACAAGACAAAUACAAAAUGGUCACAUCGACUCAGAAACUUCUUAGUCCGAGCCAACGUUGUAUGGGCACAUUUUUCACCCAGGACACCAGCCCAUCACUGAGCCAACCAGAUUCCUCUGUGACUCCUCACCAAGACUUGAACAACACCUUGCCCUUGAAUUCCCCGAGACUGCCAGGAAGCUAUCUUCAAGUGCCUGAUGCUGUAGGCCUUUCUUCAGUUGACUGUGUGCUGGAUCCUACGGUGCUGAAAAUGCCUAACAGUCCCUGGGUAGCUGAAGCAGGAAGUCAGGGCCAGGGUGGAGAGCCCGGAAGCCACAGCCUCCAGGGAAAUGUUCAAGAGGGCUCUUCCAUGGCACGCACUGCUUGGUGUGGGUCUGCCAUCUUCAUGGCCAUGGGAUCUUGGGAUCAAUCCAGUGCACCAGAGACCAUUCCCCUGGGGGCUGAGGGCUGGAUAUCAGCAAGCUCCAGCCCCCAAGACCAAGGAGGGGGGCCCAGAAGCACCAGGGUGGGCUCUGUUUCUGAAGCUGAGGCAGCUGUACAAAAAGAAACAGAAAGAGUUAGUUCCCUGAACAGGGUCUCUAGUUCACUUGAAAAGAGGGCCAACUGUCCCUUAGAAGAGGGUAAUGACCAAGGCAGGGAGAUGAAGCAGAAGGCAGAGGUGGAAGCCAAGGACCCUAGUCCUAUCAGUGCUACUUGCUCAGCACCUGUGUCCCUGGAGCCACGCCUGGAGCCCUCUACCCGUACGUGCACUGGCCUGGCUGUGUUGGAGGAGAUCAGAGAGACAAAGACCCACAGAAAGCAGCUUCAUGACUUGGUGGUUGAGGGCACAGCCCUUCCUUAUUAUGAGACUUUAUUAGAACGUGAAUGUUCUUCAAGGGCCCUUGGCAGGCCUCAGUGUCAACAAAUGGACCAGCCAGUGUCAGACAGGCUCGGGAGUGAGGGUGAAGCACAGGGAUUUCAUGUGGCAUCUCCCUCUGCUGAACCAGGAUGUCUGUGGACCGAUAAGAGGAAAGUCCUUAAGACCACAUCCCUUUCUGCAGACAGCUUUCAGCCUCUGCUCAACACUGACGUUAACAAAGGGCAGCCCUCACAGACCUUCUCCCAUGCUGACCCUGCUCUAGGAAAAAGCCAUUAUUCUGGAGAACUGAGACAUUUCCUGAGAGCAGGUGAGCAGUGUAUAUGUCACUCUGGUCCUUUUGAAGUCAUAGAGAAAAAGAAAGAAGCAACUGGAAUACCUUCUGUUGAUCUUGUAGGCUCAGACAGUCUUCCUUCUUCAUCAGCUAUAGAGGAGGACAGGAGGGUAACACCAGAGAAAGGAGUGGCUGCCUUGUCUUCUCAGGGCCCUUCAGACAGUCCUAGAGUGAGUGGGCAUGGGCAAAGCCGGUUAGUUCCCUGGGAAACAGCAGAGGGCAUGCCCCCUGGCAGUCAGGAGGGCAGCCAGGCACACCAAGAACCUAGAACUCUAGACACCACAUAUGGAGGAGGGUCAGGUAACUUCAUAGUGGCCGCACAGGGAGGAAAAACAACCUGUUUUGAAAGUCAGCCUGUGAUCUGUGAAGUUGAGAAUUCUGCCCGUCUCCCGAGGCCUAACCAAGACCAUGCCCAAGACCUCGAGGCUUCCAAUGGCUUAGAAGAAGGGAGGGCAAGUCGCAAACAAGGCACCAUCCCGCCCGGAGCCCUGAAAAGAGUUGAGCUGGAAGCUCCCUCACAGCAGUGUGUGAAGGAGGGGACUGUUGGUUCUGGGCUGGCAGAAGCCUGUGGGGCUGGCAGCAGACAUGUCAGGCCAACUUCAUUGCCAGAUCAAAGACCUAGCCCAGAUCCGGGGGUAGUUAGGGAGGAGGCCCUGUGCAGAGGUCCACAGGAAACUUCAGAUUAUGUUUUCUUGUCAGGGAGCAUUGAAGGCAGAAGGACUCUCAGCCCAUCUGAGGGGCAAGAAGACAGGAGGACUCUUCCUUGCCAACAACUGUGUAACUCUCAACCCAUUGCUUCUCAUGCCUGCUCCUCCCCGUCCUCCACUUUACUGUGUUCCAGAGAUGGUGACCUGGGCAAGGGGAUUUCAAAGACUGCCCCACAAACUCUCCACCCAACCUGCAUCGUAUCCUGCAGGGCCUAUAGAAUGAAUGAUAGAGGAGAGAGCUAUUCCAGUGACCCUGAUGUGUUCUUGACACAUGGCCUUGAGCCCAAAGGCAGUCAUGUGAAAUUUGAGCCAACAGACAGCAACACUGUGGAACCCUCUGCCACUGCUGCUGUCCUAUCUCUGGCUCAAGGCUGCAGCUCCCUUCCUGCCCCCGAUAUGAGAACAAGUUCCCUCAGCCACUCAGUUGCUGUAGGGGAUCCUGAGGAAAAGGUUGCUGAGAAUAAAGCCAGCUCAGAGCUUGAGGCUGCCCCUUUUCCUACAGGUGUGUGCUCUGAGCCCCUGAGGAAGUUUCAGGACAGCUCAGUAGGUGGCCGGAAUGCAUACGAGUCUCAGACCAAGCCAGAACUACCUGAAAAAACCAGAAGACAACACACCCUGAAUUUAAGUGAAGGGUCUGUUGAGAGUGAGUUGCUGGUAGAACCACAGCAUGGCUGUUUAAUAAAUGUCAUCAGAUGUCUUCCAGAAAAACCACAACUGUCCACCGAGUCCAGGACUCACAGUGGCUUGGAUCCCCAAGCCAGAUUGGUAGCAAAGUUAAAGCACACCUCCAGUCCCCAGGUUGGUGGUCCCUGGGAGGAAGACAAGCAGCAGAGGGAGCAGGCCUCUGGUGAUGGUGAAGACCCUGCCCAGGGCAUGCGUCCCCCACAUUCUGAUGAAGGUGGCUUGGAUGGCUGUCAGAUGAGAGAUGCAGGCAGAGAGGAGGGGGCUGCAGCCAAGGCCCCUAUGUCCAAGAUGUUCUCAUCAGGCUUUAAAGACUCAGCCAGUGACUCCUUGGAGUCUGUGGCCCCAAGCCCUGGCCAGGCCUCCUCUGGCAGGGAGCAGCUGACUCCCCACCACAGGCGCUCACUUCCUGUGAUUGCGAUCUUCUCUGGCCCCAGACAUUCCAGGUCCUCCCCCAGACCACAGUUCUCUGUGGUCAGCUCUUCCAGGUCUCUUCAGGAGCUGAACUUGAGUGUGGAACCUCCUUCCCCCACAGAUGAAGAGACACAAGAGCCUGACAAAUUGUGGAAUCCACAUCCUAGGGGCCACUGCUCGGAAAAGUCAGCAGUGGGAACAUCUCAGGAAGCUGAGGGCUACAAUCAGAAAGCCUUAUCUAAUGCGAACAGUAGCUGUGCUGAUCACAGGCCCUAUCAACCUGCCAGCCCUCCUUACCCAACGUCUUCAGCUUCCUCGCGCAUGCCAACCCCCAAUUUCAUGACCUGCUGGAUGUCUGGUACAGUCCAACAGGCCCGGCAGGGAACGCCAGAGCGCUUAGGUGGCCAGGCCAGGCCAGAGAAAUGGCUCUCCGAGGCAGACAAAGGAGUAUUGCACUUGAGCUCCAGUGACAUCCACCCCUAUGCUCCACCCUGCCAUCCAGAGGGCCCUGCAUGCAUUGGCUGGAAGCAGUAUGUGUUUGGCAGUGCCAUCGAUGUCUCCUGUACCCAGACAUCCCAGGGCCUGGUACCAUCAAAAAUGGCCUGGUACUCCAGCAUGGAAGACCAGAACUCCCCAUUCCACUCCCAUCUCAGCACCGCUGCCAAUGCCCAGGGCCUGGUGAGCCGACCCAGCAGCAUUGAAAAUGCCCGAGGUUCACAUGAGGCCUGGGAAGUAUGGGAUUCCUCACUUGCCUUGGGGAACCACCAUGUCCUGAUGGGCCCUGAAGGAGCAGCUCCCACUAAGGGUCCUGACAGGAGAGCCCAGUUCCUGGGCACCCCUGAUGAAGCAGGCUCUCUGAGGAGUGAGCCCCCCUGGGCUGAAGGAAGCGCUGCAGGUCCAGUGGGUGAGAUGCUGUUGCUGUCUCCUUCAGAGGCGGGCAGCCGCAUGGGACGUUCCAGGAUGAACACCUUGGAGCAGGGCACACAGACUCUGGGCUGCGGGCUCUACUGGAGCCACACUGACAUCUCUUCGACUCAUUCAGAAGCCAGUGCAAUGCCAGCCUCUAAUCUGGCCUCCUGGACCAGCAUGCACAACCUGUCUCUCCACCUCUCGCAGCUCCUACACAGUACCUCAGAGCUGUUGGGGAGUCUCUCCCAGCCAGGUGUGGCUGAAAAGCAACGGAACACCAAGGGGGAGACCCCGGAUGAGGCACCCCAGACCCUUAUGAUGGACGGCUGUACUCAGACCACUGUGGAUGAGGGCAUCCAGACUGACCUUGCUUCACCGCCUGUGCAUCUCCAGGCCCCAGAGGCCAGCCCUCAGGAAGUCAGUGUCGUCCUUGAAGUGCUGGGCUCAGAUAUCUCCAUCAUGUCUCAAGAAAAGGAACAUGUCCCAGAGGCAGUUCAGAAGAGAGAGGCAGAGGAAAUAGCAUGGAAAACAGCACAACUCCCAGAUCUUCAGGAAGAAAGCACCCACUGCAGGCUUCAGAGCCUUUCAGUACACUCAUCCCAUUUGAGGUUUCAGAAGGCCCCGGUUGGACAGAACCUUCCUUCUGUGAACCCCCAGGCUUCUCCUGAUGCCUCCCUGCCUCCCGGCUCCCAGCCAGAGGAACCCUCUUGCCUGGCUGUCAGCAGCCCCAGCCUUAGCAUCUCUCGCUCCCCAGGACCCUGCCCCAUUGCUGCAGAGUCUGUCGGGGAGCCUAGGAUCCAGAAGGAGUUGUGCCCCACAAGUGCCUUGUUGGUGGACAGGGCCUCCUCCCCAAUCCUCACACUUAGGGCUAGCACUCAAGGGUCAGAGCUUCCCCAAGGCUCUUUGUCUCUCUCAGCCCCCUUAGUGCACCCUCUUGAAGUCCAUCAGAAGCUUGUCUCCAGCCCAGACCUUCCCCUUGAUUCCCCCAGGCCUCCAGUGGAUAAUUAUUCUCAAACCAUUGAUAAGUUAGGUGGCUCCCAGAGAGUGCGGGUUCUGUGUGGAGAAGGCAGAAGUUCUUUAGAAAGGAAUGAGGGUAGGUCUGUCCUUGAGGUAAGCUCCCCAGGCAGCCCACAGCACAGCUCGAAAAUCCAAGUUAGUUUCUCAGAGCAGCCCCUCCAGCAGCUUCAGCCCCAGACCACCUCCUGGGUCCAGAGCAGACUGCCACCUCUACCACUGAGGAGCAGGCGUCAGAGGCCGGCUGAGGGCUUUGUCCCUGAGGACAUGGCUUCCCUGGAGUGUGGACCACUUAGCAGUAGGGGGCCAAAUAAAUGUCAGAGCAGGACAGAAAAUGGAGGUGAUAGUUCAGCAUCUCCAGGGGAGCUGCAACCCACUUUAGACAACCCCUCUUCGCAGGGAGGCCUGCAGCACCUCAGCCCCUGUGCUGUCUCUGGGUUGACUGAUAAAACAAAGCUCCAGGGCUCUACCUUGGGCCCAACUGAGGCCUGCGAACCUCAGGGGCUUCUGCACCCCAGUUCUCAGGUGUGCAUGGCACCGAAGCCCCAGCAUCACAGCCUGAGGGACCUCCCAGUACAUAACAAAUUUCGUAAUUGGUGUGGGGUUCAGGAUGGCUCUCCUGGGGAGCUAGGAGUGACGGAGUUGCUGGGAUCCAGACAUGAUCUCAGCUCUGGAGAGCAGGGACAAAAUCCCUCACAACCUCUUGACAACCAGAGCCAGGAUCCUGAGUGGUCCCAGAGGGAGCAGAUCCCCCUGCAAAUUGGGGCUCAGAACCUCUCACUCAGCAUGGAACUCACAGAAGCAAAACUGCACCACGGCUUUGGGAAGUCCGAUGCCCUGCUCCAGGUGCUGCAGUGUGGGACAGGGGAGGCACUCACUGCCGAUGCACCUGUGCUGUCCGCCUGGGAGGAGCUCCAUGCCCGGCAAAAACAAACCAUUGAGUCCCUCCGGAGACAGCGUGCUGAGCGACUUCAGAACUUCCGCCGAACACGAAGCCUCAGCCCCCAGAAACAACUGAGCCUCCUGCCUAACAGGGAUCUCCCCACCCGUGACCUUGACUUACCCAGCAGGCGCCGAGAAUACCUGCAGCAGCUGAGGAAGGAUGUUGUAGAGACAACCAGGAGCCCAGGGUCAGCAUCAAAGUCUGCUCACCCACCCUCUGACAUAGAGCUGAUGCUGCGAGAAUACCAGCGGGCUCGUGAGGAGGCCAAACUGGAGAUCGCCCGGGCGCGGGACCGACUGCGAGAGCAAACUGAACAGGAGAAGCAGAGAAUCCACCAGCAGAUCAUCUCCCAGCUGCUGAGGGAAGAGGAAAAACUAGACAUCCUGGCCACCUCCAGCUCCAUGUGCACCAGCUCCAAUGGGAGCCUCGCCUCUGGUGUCACCUCUGGCUACAACAGCAGCUCAGCCUUGUCAGGCCAGCUCCAGUCCCCAGGCAGUGUGGGGGACACAAACUCGCCUGAUUCCAGAGACUCUUGGAUCGGGGAUGUGCGGAGCCGUUCUGCAGUGAGGAGCAGUCACCUGGAUCUGGCUGGGUCUGCCUGGAAGAGCUGGGUCUACAGUCACAGAGCCUCUCUGGGCAGCUGCUGUUCUUUGUCCAGUGUGUCCAGCCUGGGGACCUGCUUGUCGUCCUCCUACCAGGAUUUGGCCAAGCACAUCGUGGACAUCUGUAUGGCUGACGUAAUGGCUGCCUGCUCAGAUGAUCUGCACAAUCUCUUCAGUUGUCAGGCAGCAGCCGGCUGGAAUUACCAGGGCGAAGAGCAGGAGGUGCAGCUGUACUACAAGGUGUUCUCCUCUACUCGGCAUGGCUUCCUAGGGGCUGGGGUGGUGUCCCAGCCACUGUCUCACGUGUGGGCAGCUGUGAGUGACCCCACCCUGUGGCCCCUGUACCACAAGCCCAUCCAGACAGCAAGGCUGCAUCAGCGGGUCACCAACAGCAUCAACCUGGUGUACUUGGUGUGCAAUCCCACCCUGUGUGCACUGAAGCAGCCGCGGGAUUUCUGUUGUGUCUGCGUGGAAGCCAAAGAGGUGCCUGCCUUGCUGUUGGGGCACCUUUCCGUCAUGGCAGCUCAGUCUGUAUAUGAUACAUCCAUGCCGAGACCCAGCAGAGGGAUGGUCCGAGGGGAGAUCCUGCCCAGUGCCUGGAUUCUACAACCUCUCACCGUGGAUGGAAAGGAGAUCACCAGAGUUGUCUACUUGGCCCAGAUAGAACUUGGUGCUCCAGGUCUCCCGCCUCAUCUCUUAAGCUCCUUCAUCAAACAGCAGCCGCUGGUUAUAGCCAGACUGGCUUCCUUUCUUGGUAGCUAG